UGAUAUUUCUCAAUUUUAGCACUGAAUGCAUUGAGAUUAAUUAAGGAAGCUAUUAGGUUUCCACUGUGUAACAUUUUAAUAUGGACUUUUUUGAAUUUAUUUGUGUGUCUGUGAUUACAUUUGUGUGUGGUAUAAUAUGUACACUUGCACUGGAAUUUUACUUAUUCAAAAAGUACUUGGAAGAAGCACCAUUAACAAGCCCACCAAAAAGAACAAACCAGCAUGGCAAGGCUCAGUUACCUGAAGAACUACUUGAAAAAAUUCAAGAUGAAAAAAUUAAUUCUAGUACAAGUACCUCCCGUCAAGCUAUGUGCCAAGGCAAUGAGAACUUGGCAAUAAAUUUAACACUACAAUUUCUGUUCAAUGAACUAAGAAAUGCUGAACGGGUACGUUUAUGGCUAUAUAGAAAAUUAAAUAAUGAAUUCAAAGAACUUUUAACUCAGUCUACAACUGGCAAAUUGUUGGAUAGUGUAAAGUUAAGAGACUUGAAUCUAGGUACACAAUUUCCCACUAUAAAAGGUUUAGAAGUGGCUGAUUCAAAAAUAGAUGCUGAUACCGGUUUGCUGGAGUCAUUGGAUUUAUCUUUAGACUUACAUUACUCUGGAAAUUUUCAAUUAUCAAUAGAUGUUAAAAUGUUAUUGGGUAAAACUGCAUACAUGGCUCUGCAAGUGAAACGAAUCAGUGGUAGAGCCAGAUUACAGUUCACACGUGUUCCAUAUACUCAUUGGUCCUUAAGUUUUUAUUCGGACCCUGUGCUUGAACUAGAAGUGCAGUCUCAAUUUCAAGGGCGUCAAUUACAACCACAGAUUAUCUCUUUGAUUACUGGACAGAUUCGAAGAGCUGUGCGUCGGAAACAUACUCUACCUCGCUAUAAACUGCGUUAUAAACCAUUCUUCCGCAGACUGAACGAUGAAGCAGUAGAUUUAUCCGAAGUAGCCAAUAUACGAUUGAUACCAGGUUUUUUGGAAGUAUCAUUAUUAGAAGUGAGCAGAUUGAAUCUUGGACUUAAUAUGCUUUAUGCAGAGGAUAAAUCACAGAUUGAAGUGUACUGUACAAUAAGCGUGGAUUCGACACCUUGGGUGUUUUUGACUCAAUAUACUGGAGUUCCUUACAUGGUAUUGGAUUUGAUAAUUAGCAAAGUUGGUUCUCAGCAAUUAGGCGUAGUAUUUAAACAAGAACUUGUGCCAGAAAUAGGGCAUGUUUGUGUGUUAGUCGAAACUAUUGUAGCCGGAAGUGCUGCGGCAAUAGCCGAGAUGAGAAAAGGGGACAUUUUAGUAGCGGUAGAUGGUAAAAAGGUAUCUAAUAUGAAUCAAGUAGCCAAAUUCGUGAAAAGUGCUGUACAGCGGCGAUUUAUCAUAAGGGUCGAAAGGAAGUAUUCCAAAGCAGAUCUAGAUAAGCAAAUCAAUACGAAAAUAGACAGUGAAAAGCUAUCUGCAGAGAGAGGAACGGACAGAAAAUCAUUGAAAACAGAUUCUAUAAUGAAUAAAGGAGAUACACAGAGUACAGAAGAGGGUAGCAAGAUCAAGUUUGAAAGCCAAAUAAAAUUCUCAGACUUGAAAGAUUCCGAGAACGAAAUCUCCGAGAAAUUGGAAACAGGCAGCAAAUUUUUUCGACGAAGAAAGAGUAGCGCACACGCCACAGAUGAGCCAGCUCAGACACCUGAUUCUACACCUUCCAGAAAGAUUUCAACAACCUCGAAUCAAUCAUUAAUAUCAAAUAGUUCUCAAUUGUGUUUGGAUGAUAAUUAUGUCACAAAUGUAACAGACUUAUACUACACCACAAAAGAAAAGGAAUAUGCUUCGCUGAUUAACUUCGAGGAAACUAGGAACUUUCAAAUUGAUUCGGAAUUGCAAUAUUUGAAUAUAGGUGUGUGGGGUCGUGUAAGAGGAGGAGAAUUUCCUGCAAAAUUGUUAGGGUACAUAAACGUCCCUAUGAAAUUAAUUUUGGCGCAAUGUUAUACAUCCUCGACAGGUCAUUAUCUUAAAUGUCAUGCUUUAUUACCACCCGAUAGUGCUUCUCUCACAACGGUCCACACGAAACUACAAGGGUAUUCAGGAUUCGAUCCAACGCUUUGCUACGGUGAUAUUUUAUUAUCUUAUGUGUGGGAGUCUAGUUAUCCAGAUCGUCAUACAGUUAACGACUCGGGGAAGAAGGAAAGUAUGGAGACUGCCAAAACCCAACCAACACUGAGCGAGGAGAUCACGGAUAAGAAGAUGCACGACUUUAUUAGAACACACUUCCAUAGGGCAACGCACUGUGACUUCUGUACAAAAAAGAUUUGGUUGAAGGACGCUGUACAGUGCAGGGAUUGUGGUAUGGUGUGUCACAAAAAGUGUGAAGUUCGUUGUCAAGCAUCGGGAACGUGCGGAGCGGAAAGUUUAACAAUGGCAUUAGAAACUGACGAAAUAGAGCCUAAUACUCUAAUCGGGGAAUCAGGUCCAGAGAUAUCUCUAACCAGUUGCGAAGAUCAUGUACAGGGUGCAACUAUGAUGGCCAUGAAGGCCAGUAUAGCUAACACUCUGUUGGGUCUGAAGAAGGCUGGAAGUACCAGUUGUUUGGCUCCACCGGCUUCCAGUACCGGUCUGGCAUCUAGAAGUCUUCCCCCAAGUCCCUGUGCAUCCCGCAAGAACUCGUUGGUCGGUGGCUUGGGCAUAAGUCCUGACCUGUUGGAGGGCGCCGAGCCAAGCGUGGCUGCUCCUCUAGUAGCCGGGGAUCUGGACGACGGUCUUAUGUCCAGGGCGAAAGACACCGGGAAGUUUUUGUUCAAGUGUCUGGAGCCACGCGAACGCGUCGAGAAGAUCAACGACAUGAUGGGCAAGCUGAAAACUGCGCUCGACGCGGAAAUUACCUCAAGAUUAGAGCUGUCGCGGAGCGGGGAAAUGGACAGUCUUAAAUUGAUCGCGCAGACCGAUUUACGAGUUCAAGGACUGAGCGUUCUGCUGCUGCACUAUUGCGCCGGGUUGCAGCACGCCCAAGAAGCAUUAGACCAGUCGCAGCAGACUAGCAAGGACUCUUAACGGAUUCAAGUUCCACGGGCGGAAACCGAGAAGUAACCUAUAUACAACAACAUUUACGAUCUCAACAUUCCGGUAAACCUUCGAGCUAAACUGGAGGACGUCGAUCAAUUUCGAAUGAUUAUAUUCCUUGUUCCCCCCGCGCCUACGCACUACACACACACACAUACGCAGAUAUAAUCUUCUUUUGGAAUUUUCCUUUUGUAUCGUAUGCAGCGAUAUGUAUGUAUGUACUUGGUUGUACAGUACUCUCGCGUUCUGUGUGUUACCUCGACCGUAAGUUGGAAGCUACUGUUUAACAUUCUGGAAACGAAUGAUCUCGAAAAGUGAAAAAAAAGAAGAAAACACGGCUCUGUUACACGACGAGUAAGACACAGAGGAGAGAAUACUUCCGAUAGGCUUCAAUGUAAUACUCGCGUGAAC